CCACACCAGUUGUUCUCCACACAUCUUCCUCUCUUCACUAACCCAGGCCAGGAGUUGGAGAGGCUCACUCAGACAUUCACUCCAACACACACGGACCUAACACCCCUACAGAACACACACGGCAGAGCCCAGAGGAACCAAACCGGAGUCUUCGUCCCCUAAACAUCAGUGUCGACCAGUAUGGAGCUUUUCGAGACCAACCCCUACUUCUUCCCAGACCAGCGCUUCUACGAGGCGGAGGACAGCUUCUACCAGUCCCGCCUGCCGGGCGGGUACGACCAGGGGGGCUACCAGGAGCGUGGGGGCUCCAUGAUGGGGCUGUGUGGUGGUCUGUCCGAGGGUGUCGCUGUGGGUGGAGGGAAGACAUCCCCCUCCGGUCUCUCCCCCCACUCUGAGCCCCACUGCCCCAGCCAGUGCCUGCCCUGGGCCUGCAAGCUUUGCAAACGCAAGACGGUCACCAUGGACCGGCGGAAAGCGGCCACAAUGCGGGAGAAGAGGAGGCUAAAGAAGGUGAACGAGGCGUUCGAGGCCUUGAAGAGGAGCACCUUGAUGAACCCCAACCAGAGGCUGCCCAAGGUGGAGAUCCUGAGGAGCGCCAUCCAGUACAUUGAGAGGCUGCAGACACUUGUCUCCUCCCUCAACCAGCAGGAGAACGACCAGGGAGCACAGGGCCUACACUACCACACCAGAUCAGCCCAACCCAGGGUGAGUAGGAGACAGGGACGGAGGGGGGGAUGGAGGGAGGGAGGGACGGAGGGAGGGAUGGACAGAGUGAGAGAUGGAGGAACCAUGCCAGCCUAGAGUGAGCAGAGGACUGGGAGAAAGAGAAGGAUGGAGCCAGAUAGAAGCAAGGAGAGAGGGAUGGAGGGAGGUGAACAGAGAUAGAUGAGGACAGGUGAGGUCAGAGACAGAUGAGGACAGGAGAGGUCAGAGAUAGAUGAGGACAGGAGAGGUCAGAGAUAGAUGAGGACAGGAGAGGUCAGAGAUAGAUGAGGACAGAACAGGAGACGUCAGAGGUUGAUGAGGACAGGAGAGGUCAGAGAGAUGAGGACAGGAGAGGUCAGAGGUUGAUGAGGACAGGAGAGGUCAGAGAUAGAUGAGGACAGGAGAGGUCAGAGGUUGAUGAGGACAGGAGAGGUCAGAGAUAGAUGAGGACAGGAGAGGUCAGAGGUUGAUGAGGACAGGAGAGGUCAGAGAUAGAUCAGGAGAUGUCAGAGAUAGAUGAGGACAGGAGAGGUCAGAGAUGGAUGAAGACAGGAGAGGUCAGAGAUAGAUGAGGACAGGAGAGGUCAGAGGUCAGAGAUAGAUGUGGAAGAGCAAGAGGAAAAGGCAAAAUAAGAAAAAAGAGGUGAAUAAAGGGAGAGCGGGAAAUGACAGCGGAUGAGAGAGGAGUGAAAGAGGGAGAGGCAGACUGGAGAGGGAUGAAGGGAAGGAGGAGUGAAGGGAGAGGGACCAGAGAUAAUUAGAGCCAGGGAUGGGAAUCAUACAGACGGAGAUAAUCGCCUAAAAUGUAUUAGAAAUCAUCACAUUUUAGUACAGGUAUUGGCAGUGCUUUAGGUAAGGUGAUUGGUGGUUGGGUGUGUGAGGUGUACAGAGCAGGCUGUUUAGUUGUGUGUGUACUAGUAGAAGUCUGGUAGGAGCGUAGCUCUAUAUGGGGUCUAUAAACUCUGAUAUAUGGGGUUCAUCUCUCGUGGAAUAGGUUUCAACAGAGCAGCUCCAGAACAGAAGUAUUGCAUUCAUUGACAGUUGUCCUAGACAAGUAUUGCGGACAGAACCCUCAUCAAACCAUCCAUCAACAACACAGACAGAACAUCACUUAGAGGGAUAUUCAAACAUUUGACCGCGGUGUGUAAAUUCCCUUGGGAGUGCUGCUAUGGCUUUGGUUUUAAGAGACGCCUCAUACAUUCUUCUUAUUCCUCAAUAGUCCUACAAACACAACACUCACUGAGUGCUCACCUAAUCUUGAUUUAGUUUCAUCUUAAUCUACCAGCUUUUAGAAACAGUUGUAAUGGAUGAUUUAUAACACAGUAGUACAACAGUUGAUGUACAAACUCAUUGUGAAAGUGCAGUUGUAGUGUGCAUAGUGUGUGUGUGUUUGAUGAGUCAUUGAAAAAGAGCUGUCUAGACAGGCAAGCUACAACAGAGAGAUGAUCAAUAGUUGUUUGUCAUUGUGAGUAGUGUAGUGUGUGCAUAGUUGUGAAUGAGAUGGUGUGUGUGUCACUGUUGAUGUCUGUGUGGGGUGUGGCGUAACGUGUCAUAGCUCGGGGCGCUGUGUGUCUCCAUGGUAACAGGUGUCGUCGUCGAGCGAGCGGGGAUCAGGCAGCACCUGCUGUAGCAGCCCAGAGUGGAGCAACACCUCAGACCACUGCACCCAUAGCUACAGCAAUGAGGGUAAACCAUUUACGUCAUUUAGCAGAUGCUCUUAUCCAGAGCGACUUACAGGAGCAAUUAGGGUUAAGUGCCUUGCUUAAGGGCACAUCGACAGAUUUUUCACCUAGUUUUCUCGGGAUUCGAACCAGCGACCUUUCGGUUACUGGCCCAAUGCUCUUAAACGCUAGGCUACCUGCCACCUUUAAACACACACACAUCCACACCCAAACAAACACACACUGUAUUACAUUUGAGAAUUGCACCCAGAACUUGUUGGAAGUGUUAGUUUUGACAGCCUCUCUCCUGUCUCCCUCUAGACCUCCUAAGUGCAGACUCUCCAGAGCAGACUAACCUAUGCUCUCUGACGUCCAUGGUGGACAGCAUCACAGCAGUAGAGGGGGCUCUGGUGGCCUACCCUGUACCUGUGGACAUUCCCAAAUGAACCCAGAGCAGCUGCCUUACGUGUGCUGUUAACAGGGCCCUGUUCCGAUACUUCUACUUCCAAUACAAAUCCACCCUUCUUUCCUCCUUCCCCUGAUCUGAUAUAAAUGGAUAGGUGAAAUCUAUGCAGUGGAACCUACCCUGCACCUAUCCAAUCAUGUAAGAUCAGUGACUGCUUCAAAGAAGGGAGGAAGGAAGAGCAGGGCCUGUCCCAGUCAGGUCCAAUUAGUCCUAGGACACCACACAGCACCAUACACCAACACACAACACCCCACACAGCACCAACACACAACACCAACACCACUCACUCACACACCACAAUACACACCAACAUGGGCCAGGGGGUUUCUCCUGGUCAGGUCUUGUGAGCUGGACACACCUCUUCCAGGCUUGAGACCUUAUUCCCUAACUACCAAACCCUGUGGUCCACACCUCCCUCCCAGUAGGUUACCGGUCAGGUCAGAUCCUAACCUGAGAUCCCGCUAAAAUCAAUCAAUGCAUGAUUUAGGAACAAAGAUCCAGUUACCUGUGUGGAUCUCAAGUAAGGACUCAGGUCCUAAGUGCCACUUGGAAGGAGCAAUGAGAAAGCAGUUUUUUUGUCCUGACUUAAUGCAGAGAAAUCCAUGUUUCCUUCUUUUCUAAAUCUUUCCCCGAUCAUGCAUUCUGUUUGCGUGUGUUAUACUUAAAAACACGAGUUUAUUAUUUGUGGGGCCAAUAUGUACCAUGGCAGUUUUGACCAAUGAUUUCUGCUUAAUUUAAACUGGUAAUGAAUGCUAGUGAUGUAAAUACGUUCAGUUUUUCUACAGUGGUUUUGAUAUUUUAUUUUAUAUUUUUUUGCUAACUUAUUUUUGACUUUAACAAUAAAGAUUGUUGUUUAUUUGUAGAUGUUCCAAGAAGUAAUAUUUCUGUCCAAACGUGCAUUAAAGACCAUUUUCAAUACUUGGCCGCAUUUAACGUCUCAACACACACACACACACUUGCAUGCCAACCAUCACCUCAAAAUGAACACACAACAUCAACAUUUAUCUUUAAAAAAACAGCUUUACUUAUGUCUAUAGUGUCAUAAAUACAAUACACUUUUUAAAUAGCCAAAUAAUAAAAUCUUGAUUUGUCAGCAUCAUUUCACACCUGGAAUAAAUACACAUACAAUACUCAUAGCUGCCACAGUAGCACAUUACACUUUUUAGACACCUUUAAAACAUUGGCUGUAAAAUAAAAAACAAAAUACACCCAUCCGACACUUCACUGGUUCACUGAUAGAGCUCUCUCAUUGGAGGAGAGGAGGUCACACACACAACACUUGCUAGUGGUCGACACCAUCAUUGGCCACUUUCACAUCCCCAUGGCAACUGGACAGGAAGGGGAGGGGCCAGGGGAACAGUCCAUAUAUGGCAUCAUCACUGUCUGUCAGGUGACCUGUUUGUGAGGAUUUCAUUUGGCUGAUGCCGAGCAGCAAUUUACAGUUUGAUUUGAAACGAAGUAGAGAAAAACAACACCAUCCAUCCAUGAAGGUUAGUCUGGGGUUUCGCUUUCAUAGCAUGCUGUUUCCCUCAAGUCCGAGAUAUAGGAGCCUAUUGCUUUCAUUUACACACACAGCUCAUACUGUACCCUCUCAUAUCCACAGGAUCAACUACUCUACUCAUGGUAGCUACAUAGUGUCAAAUAAGGGAAGGAAAGGAGGAAACAAGAGGAGAGGAAAAGGAAGGAGGAGAGGAGAUGGGGAAGGAGGAAAGGAGAUAGGAAAAGAGAGAAGGAAAGGAGGGGAUAAAAGGCAGGAAAGAUAACUGAAGCGUUUAGAUCUGGACCCAUGAACCUGUGGCUGAGAAUCAUAGUAGUAGUAUUCACAUAGAGUAACACACCCCUCCCUGCUUAGUGAAUCCCUCAUGUAACUGGCGUUUCAGACACUGACAGCAUAUAAGACACACAGAGGUCCAACACACACAGAGAACAGUCACCACUGAAUACAGGGCAUUGGGUUUCAUACAGCAAUGAUAUUAUAAUAUUCUCCCUAUAUAAUUCCAAUAUAUAUAUUUAUAUAUAUUUAUUUAAAAAAACAUGUCAUCCAUUUUAUUUACAGAGAGAGACAAUAAAUGAUUAAUACCUUGCAUAACCGAGAGCGGGCAACAUGUAGGUGGGAUUUGUCAUUGAAACAGCCAGGAGUUAGUGUAGAGUUAGACUAGAACCCACAGAUUAGGAAUUAGGACUAGAACCCACAGAUUAGGAAUUAGGACUAGACCAGGGAGCGGGAGCGCGACACCACAACAACAAGGCUACUGGGGGUACUGGGUUUACUGGGAAUAGAGACUGGGCAGAGGCUCCUUUACAGCAGCGAGCGCGGCCAAUGAGCACGCUCAGAGUUCAAAGGUCAAAAGGUCAGAGGUCACCUCUGUAUUGCACAUGUCCCAGAGAGAAGGUGAGAGGUGACGCUGGAUACAGGUCCCUUAAAGUCCAGAUCUCUCCCAAAUUUGGCAUGUUACUCUCGAAGGUCCGCAAGCAUGUGUCCAUAAAGGUAAUGGGAAUGCACUGAAAGAGAUAGAAAGAAAGAGGGAAGGAGAGAGAGAUAAAAAGGCAGAGGGUGUAGGAUUUAGUCAUUUACAGUAGUUUAAAGCAGCACCCUUAUCAAGUUAGAAUAGGUUAGAACUGGGUUAGAACCUUACCUAAAUGUAACAUUACCUCUUAGCGUUAGCCCUUCUGUUAGUAACUGGGGUUGAAUUAGCAUGAGGAUUCCCUAAUCCUUUUAUUAGCAUUGCUUGUCAGAAAAAGGCUCUUGGCCAUAGCCAUUUGUUAGCAUUGCUAGGUUGUCUUACCUGUUAGCGUUAUCUCCUGUUAGUAAAUGGAGUGGAGUUAGCAUGAGUACGUCCGUACAGCAGAGGGGUCGAGUCUCUGGGGAGCCGGGGGAGGAGCUAGACAGGGCGUGGCAGAAAUGGGCGUGGCAGACCGGGAGAGAGAGGAGACAGCGUGCAGUGAGUCAGGCAAAGCAGAGAAAACAGCACACACACGCAUGAAUACCCUCACACACACCAAGCGUUAAGAUGAAAUAAUUUAGUGGCUGUUAUUGUUAGUGCUUGAAUUGUCAGCGAAUCGCCAAACACACUCGCAUCACAUCCACACGACUGCAAUUCAUUCAACUAUGAAUACAGUACCCACUUCCAAACACACGCACACACGCACACACACACACACACCUUCUGGUUGCAGGUGUUUCUUGGGCACCAGGGCCAUAGACGGGGGCAUGGACAUGGAGGGCAUACGGAACCCAGCGGGCAGUGUUUCCAUGGAGCCCGCCAUCAUGCCCAUCCCUCCCCCUCCCUCCCGCGCCCUGAAACGCUUCCGCCACGAUGGAGAGCGGCGGAACGUCUUAUCAUCCCCACUCUACAGAGAGAAAGAGAGAUAGAGAAAGAGAGAGAGAGCGUAAACAGUAAUGUAAAAACUAUUGUACGCAAGCAAAAUGGUAAUACAGAAACAGAUCCAUAUUUCCCAUGAAGAUGGUAAAACUAAAAACAGUUGUGGGUCCAGUAUUUCCUGGUGACUCACCUCUUCCAGUCUGCGAUCGGUGCCCAGGGCCAGGACGUUGUUGAACUCUCUCUCUAGAACCUGCCGAGCCUGGAGCGCACACACGCACGACCACCACGGACGCACACACACCACACACACACACACACACACACACACACACACACACACACACACACACACACACACACACACACACACACACACACACACACACACACACACACACACACACACACACACACACACACACACACACACACACACACACACACACAGUCCCCUGUAGCUCAGUUGGUAGAGCAUGGCUGUGGGUUUGUUUCCCACGGGGGGCCAGUAUGAACAUGUAUGCACUCACUAACUGUAAGUCGCUCUGGAUAAGAGCAUCUACUAAAUGACUAAAAUGUGAAUGUAAAUAUACAGCAUAUAGAUACAGAGAGAAUAGACAAGGUUCUAAAAUCUAUAAUUGUUUUCCAACAGGUGACGUCACUCCUAGGUAACACUAGUCUCUCGACCAAGGUUGUGUGUGUGUGUGUACCUGUGUGUUCUGCAUGGGGAUCUGCAGUAUGAGAGCCAGGCUGCUGUAGUCGAAGGUCUCGUCCACAGCGAUGAGAGCCCCGUGGACUCCACUCUCCAUCAGGUUGUUACUGUAGUCCUUCAGACCUAUGCUCUGGACCCAGUGGACCACCUGCUCAUUGGUCCACACUAAUGCAUCUACAGAGAGAGAGGGUGAAAGACAGACAGAGAGAGGUAUAUUACUAUCACAACAUAUAGACCAGUGCAUAUACAGAUAGAUAUAUUUACUGUAAUAUCAAAUGCAUUCACACUUCAAUAGUGUACACUCGGAGGCAAACCCCCUUUGUUCUGAAUAAGCACAGCUGCCACACAGCUGUAUGUGUGUGUGUGUGUGUGUGUGUGUGUGGAGGGGGGAGGGGGGCUUCUGAUGUGACAGGACAGCUGAGUCAAGUUCAUAUGCAGUGCUGAAGGUCGUAAGGUGGCAAAGUUUUAUCUGGCUCUCUGUGUGUGUGUGUGUGUGUGUGUGUGUGUGUGUGUGUGUGUGUGUGUGUGUGUGUGUGUGUGUGUGUGUGUGUGUGUGUGUGUGGAGCUACAGUAGCAGUAAAAGGCUCAGCUGUCCAUACCAACCUUCACUUAGAAAUUUGCCGUAUUAUGGCUGAAUGUCUAUUUCUGACGCAUUAAUUACGCGUGGUUACAGGGUUAAAACAGAAACAACUGUUAAGGAUUAAGUUAAGGUAUUACUGUAAUUCCAAGGGAUUAAAGUUAGGGCUAUGGUUUGGGGAAGGCUUAAAACAAAAUAAUUUAAAACAACCCGCAUCAAGUCAUCUCCUGGCUUGGUAGAGCAUUGUGAACUGCCGUGGCGCAGUGGUCAGAGCAGCGCGCUUCACCUCCGAGCAUCAUGAGUUCGCGCCAGUGCGAAAUCAAAGGCUAUUUCUAGUGACCAGCCUGGUCCAUACAUAGAGAUUCAGCCACCUUGAGUCAGUUCAGCCUUACACCACCUUAUGGAGCUCUGUCUACAGACAAUUGAGAUCUCACUGGUGAGCUGCAAUGAUGUCCUGUGUGUGUGUUUACCUUUCAUGUCGUGCAUGCUCUCCUCUCUACGACGUUCCAGAUCUUUUCUGUCGUAAUUGAGUCUCUUCAAGCACAUAAUCCCAUACUGCAGACUGGCCCUGGUACACACACACACACACACACACACAUCAGUGUCAGAAUGAAUUCAACAUUUACUGUCAAUUGACUGCACAAAUUGAAUACAUACAUAUGACACAUUUCACCACUUGUAUGUGUAUUUUCCUACAUUGAGAUUGAAGCUGUGGCAUGGUAACUCCUAACAACGGCUGCUGUUGCCAUGGUGGCUGGCUGGUUACCAUGGUGACUGACCUGUGGAAGCUGUCGACCAUCUUGAGGUGUGUGCGGAGGUCUUUCUUGGUGAGGUGGUCCAGCAUGCGAGCGUCCACCAGACACUCCAUGAAGUAGGAGCGGUACUGAGGCAGACCCAGGCUGGGUAGCCACUCAUUACCUAUCCACUCAUGGUUCAUGUCCCCGUACGCCAGAGUCUGUGUGUCAGGAGGGACACAGAUUAGAUACAAUUGAGAGGUUUGUCUGUGUGUGUGGACUAACCAGAUGUGUAGGUGUGUGUGUGUGUGUGUGUGUGUGUGUGUGUGUGUGUGUGUGGCCUGAGACUGUGUUCCCUGUGACUUGGUGACAACGCCUGGCAUCCUGGCACAGGUAUAGGUCGUUAUGACAACAGCAGGUGUUAGUGGGAGGAGUUAUCUCACCUGAGCCCAGCUGCCCUCCUCAUUCUCCUGAGUGAUUGACAGCGUGGCAGAGACAUGAUAGAUAGUGUUAGACACACACACACAGUCAGUUAAUGCUAAUCACACACACACUGAGUGAUCAAUGUAACACGCACCAAUGUAACUGACCAGGGAUAGAGGUAAGCAUUGAUGGAUCAACUGUACCAGACUGUGUUACUGAGAGAAUUUGCUAACAAAUACUGAGACACAAUUCAACACAAUAAGACACAGUUUGACACAGUACAACACCACACAACACCACACCACACAACACAACACCACACAACACAACACCACAACACCAGCAUAAAUGGAUACUCAAUAACCAACCUAAACAACAGAGCCUAAUAUGUUACAGACACACCAGAGACAUGCUUACCCAAGCACAAACAGGCAGGCAGGCAGUAUACUUUGUAGUUAUUGGAGGCUGGGGGUGAGGGGUUGCGGAAGCAGGCAUAUGUGUAGCUCAGCGGGGCAGAGUGUGUGUGUGAAGUGUGUGUGUGUAUUUGAGUGUGUGGUGGGGAGGGGGCCACCCAGAUGGCACUGACCGCUUUAGUGGAGGAAGCCAGGUUCUCCAUCUCUUCAUGAGUCAACCACACAUUUCCGGAGGACUGCACAGAGGGAGAGCACACACACGCACGCACGCACACACAUGCACGCAUACACACACACACACACACACAAAUACAGUGUCUUCAGUGAGAGGGAGUGUAUCAGGCAGGCAGUAUCUGGCACAUUGUUGAGAGAGUAGGGUUCCCAUUCCACCCCAUGCAGCCCAGUGGACAGAGUGAAGAGUACUGUGAACUCCAAAAGCAGUACCAUUACAAGGUCAUAGGUGAGAAGUGACAGGUGAGGGGCAGUGUGUGUGUGUAUGUAUGUACAGUACAAGUCAAAAGUUUGGACACACCUACUCAUUCAAGGGUUUUCUUUAUUUUUACUAUUUUCUACAUUGUAGACAUCAAAACUAUUAAAUGACACAUUUGGAAUCACGUAGUAAACAACAAAGUAUUUAAAAAAUAUGAACAUAUUUUAUAUUUGAGAUUCUUCAAAUAGCCACCCUUUGCUUUCAUUGCAGCUUUGCACAUUCUUGGCAUUCUCUCAACCAGCUUCACCUCGAAUGCUUUUCCAACAGUCUUGAAGGAGUUCCCACAUAUGCUGAGCACUUGUUGGCUGCUUUUCCUUCACUCUGCGGUCCGACACAUCCCAAACCAUCUCAAUUGGGUUGAGGUCGGGGGAUUGUGGAGGCCAAGUCAUCUGAUGCAGCACUCCAUCACUCUCCUUCUUGGUAAAAUAGCCCUUACACAGCCUGGAGGUGUGUUGGGUCAUUGUCCUGUUGAAAAACAAAUGAUAGUCCCACUAAGCCCAAACCAGAUGGGAUGGCGUAUCACUGCAGAAUGCUGUGGUAGCCAUGCUGGUUAAGUAUGCCUUGAAUUCUAAAUAAAUCACAGACAGUGUCACCAGCAAAGCACCCCCACACCAUAACACCUCCUCCUCCAUGCUUUAUGGUGGGAAAUACACAUGCGGAGAUCAUCCGUUCACCCACUCCGCGUCUCACCAAGCCACGGCGGUUGGAACCAAAAAUCUCCAGUUUGGACUCCAGACCAAAGGAAAAAUUUCCACCGGUCUAAUGUCCAUUGCUCGUGUUUCUUGGCCCAAGCAAGUCUCUUCUUCUUAUUGGUGUCCUUUAGUAGUGGUUUCUUUGCAGCAAUUCGACCGUGAAGGCCUGAUUCACACAGUCCCCUCUGAACAGUUGAUGUUGAGAUGUGUCUGUGACUUGAACUCUGUGAAGCAUUUAUUUGGGCUGCAAUUUCUGAGGCUGGUAACUGUAAUGAACUUAUCCUCUGCAGCAGAGGUAACUCUGGGUCUUCCAUUCCUGUGGCGGUCCUCAUGAGAGCCAGUUUCAUCAUAGCGCUUGAUGGUUUUUGUGACUGCACUUGAAGAAACUUUCAAAGUUCUUGAAAUGUUCCGUAUUGACUGACCUUCAUGUCUUAAAAGUAAUGAUGGACUGUCGUUUCUCUUUGCUUAUUUGAGCUGUUCUUGCCAUAAUAUGGACUUGGUCUUUUACCAAAUGGGGCUAUCUUCUGUAUACCCCCCCUACCUUGUCACAACACAACUGAUUGGCUCAAAGCAUUAAGGAAAUAAAUUCCAAGCUGGUUGAGAGAAUGCCAAGAGUGUGCAAAGCUGUCAUCAAGGCAAAGGGUGGCUAUUUGAAGAAUCUCAAAUAUAAAAUAUAUUUUGAUUUGUUCAACUUUUGUUACUACAUGUUUUGAUGUAUUCACUAUUAUUCUACAAUGUAAAAAAGAGAAAAACCCUUGAAUGAGUAGGUGUGUCCAAACUUUUGACUGGUAGUGUAUGUGUGUGUGAGUACCGUUCUAGAAGUGAGCGGGGCAGAGGGGCUGGUUAGGGAGACCAUCUCCUGUAUGGCCAGGCGUAAUUUGAGGCGGUGCAGGGGGUUACUGAUGCCAAUCUCCCUCUGGAUCUCUGUGUCCGACAGGGCCGACAUGAUGGCACCGCUCUUCACAUUGGCUCGACACGCUGCCACGUACCAGGCGGGCAUACCCACCCACAGCUGGAGAGGUGUGAGAGAACAUCAUCAUCAUCAUCAUCAUCAUCAUCAUCAUCAUCAUCAUCUCACACUGUAUAACACUCCAGGUGAUGAUACUGCAGGUUAAAGUUAGUGCUAGGGUAAGGUAUAGGGUAAGGUAUAGGGUAAGGUUUUGGUGGAGGUUAGGGGUCAGAGGUCAGGGGUUAUACCUCUAGCCAGGAGACCACAGUGGGUCCAUCCCACUGGGCGAAGGGCAGUCCUCUCCUCCUGGCCUCCUCUAGUAGCUCAUGUCUGACAUAGAGACAGGUGAGAGAGAGAGAGCAAGAGAGAGAGAGAUAGUUAAAUAGAGAGAGCGAAAGAAAGAGAGGUCUUCACAGCUUCUAAAAUGUUAUUCACAAUCCAACUGUCAGAGAGACACAACCAGUUAACCUUGUAUGUGUAUGUAUGUAUGUACAGUCGUGGUCAAAAGUUUUGAGAAUGACACAAAUAUUAAUUUUCGCAAAGUCUGCUGCCUCAGUGUUUAUGAUGGGAAUUUGCAUAUACUCCAGAAUGUUAUGAAGAGUGAUCAUAACAAUGAACUUAAUCCCCCAAAAACAUUUCCACUGCAUUUCAGCCCUGCCACAAAAGGACCAGCUGACAUCAUGUCAGUGAUUCUCUUGUUGACACAGGUGAGAGUGUUGACGAGGACAAGGCUGGAGAUCACUCUGUCAUGCUGAUUGAGUUAGAAUAACAGACUGGAAGCUUUAAAAGGAGGGUGGUGCUUGAAAUCAUUGUUCUUCCUCUAUUAACCAUGGUUACCUGCAAGGAAACACGUGCCGUCAUCAUGCUUUGCACCUACUUUUGGAGGAUGGCCUGGUGUCAAGAAGGGCAGCGAGGAAGCCACCUCUCUCCAGGAAAAACAUCAGGGACAGACUGAUAUUCUGCAAAAGGUACAGGGAUUGGACUGCUGAGGACUGGGGUAAAGUCAUUUUCUCUGAUGAAUCCCCUUUCCGAUUGUUUGGGGCAUCCGGAACAAAGCUUGUCUGGAGAAGACAAGGUGAUCGCUACCAUCAGUCCUGUGUCAUGCCAACAGUAAUGCAUCCUGAGACCAUUCAUGUGUGGGGUUGCUUCUCAGCCAAGGGAGUGGGAUCACUCACAAUUUUGCCUAAGAACACAGCCAUGAAUAAAGAAUGGUACCAACAUAUCCUCGGAGAGCAACUUCUCCCAACCAUCCAAGAACAGUUUGGUGACGACCAAUGCCUUUUCCAGCAUGAUGGAGCACCUUGCCAUAAGGCAAAAGUGAUAACUAAGUGGCUCGGGGAACAAAACAUCGACAUUUUGUGUCCAUGGCCAGGAAACUCCCCAGACCUUAAUCCCAUUGAGAACUUGUGGUCAAUCCUCAAGAGGCGGGUGGACAAACAAAAAACCACAAAUUCUGACAAACUCCAAGCAUUGAUUAUGCAAGAAUGGGCUGCCAUCAGUCAGGAUGUGGCCCAGAAGUUAAUUUACAGCAUGCCAGGGCGGAUUGCAGAGGUCUUGAAAAAGAAGGGUCAACACUUCAAAUAUUGACUCUUUGCAUAAACGUAAUGUAAUUGUCAAUAAAAGCCUUUGACACUUAUGGAAUGCUUGUAAUUAUACUUCAGUAUACCAUAGUAACAUCUGACAAAAAUAUCUAAAAACACUGAAGCAGCAAACUUUGUGAAGACCAAUACUUGUGUCAUUCUCAAAACCUUUGACCACGACUGUAUGUGUGUGUGUGUGAGAGAGAGAGAUAGACAGAGAUCUUACUUCUUCUUCAUCCUGCGGUCUCUCUCUGCCUGUGUGCCCAGCUUGCCCAGAGUCAUGGUGUCUCCGAUGCUCAUCUCAAAGUCUACUGAGACACACAACAGACACACAACAGACACACAACAGACACAGCAUCACCCACACAUCCCUUAACAUAUAGUAGUAGCCUAAGCAAGACAAGUAAUGGUGAUGUAGGUAAAGGUAUGGGUGUGUUACCUCCCGGCAUCAGGGCUGGCAGAGGCUGUCCCUCCCUCCCCAGAGUCCCUCCUCCCUCCAUCCUGCCCUUCUCCUUGCUCUUCCCAAACAGACGACCUAUAGACGACUUGAUGCCCUUCUUUGCUUUACCCCUGUAG